UGCUCACCCAUUAAAGCUUUUAGUUUUAUGGUCAAUGUGGGUUUUGCUGCUAAUGCAUAAUGGUUUUACUUCUGUGCAAAGUUUGAACCUUUUGUCAAUUUUUGGGUAGAGGGAGUAAGAUCUGGGUCCGUUCUGUGCUGCAUUUUUCAUAGAUCCGGUAGAUUUGGGUGCUUUGCAUUUUGGGUUCUUGUUGUUUUUGAAAAUUUGGAAGUUGAAGAAAAUGUGAACUGUUUGGUUUCCAUGUGAAAAUGGAGUCAGGACAAGCAAUGUGAAAGGAGUAAAAACUGGUCUGGCUGUAUUUUCAUAAAGUUGCGUAUUGCGUAAUCUCUGCCGUUAUCUUAAUUAAUUAGGUGGUCUGUCAAUUUUCGCUUUUUAUCAUGAUUAGAUAUCUCUUUUACAGCUUCUUCUGUGUCACAUUGUACAUGAAGACAUGAAUAAUUGAAUAUCAGGUGGGAUAGAUUUUGUUUCUUCAAAUUCGAUAAUUCUGAUUUAGCUAAACUCUUUAGAUUAAAGUUUAGAUUGACAUUUACAAAGAAACCAGCUUUACUCAUCUCGUGGGAAUAUGUCUUUUUAGCUUUGAUUAGAAAAUGAAAUGUCUUGAUAAAGGUCUCCUAAAUCUUUACCAUUGGUUACAACGCUUGAAACUCCUAGUAAGAGAGCUCUUUCAGAUAUGGGCACCGCCUAUAAACCGAAGAACAUCCUCAUUACUGGAGCUGCUGGCUUCAUCGCAUCCCAUGUUUGCAAUCGGCUUAUCAGGAACUACCCUGAAUACAAGAUUGUCGUCCUUGACAAGCUUGAUUACUGUUCAAAUUUGAAGAACCUUCAUCCUUCAAGGUCAUCCCCAAACUUCAAAUUUAUCAAGGGAGACAUUGGAAGCGCUGACCUUGUCAACUUCAUCCUUCUCACCGAGUCCAUUGAUACAAUAAUGCACUUCGCUGCCCAGACCCAUGUUGACAACUCAUUUGGUAACAGCUUUGAGUUCACUAAAAACAACAUAUAUGGCACGCAUGUUCUUCUAGAAGCAUGCAAAGUCACUGGCCAAAUCAAAAGGUUCAUCCAUGUUAGCACAGAUGAAGUUUAUGGGGAGACAGAUGAGGAUGCUGUGGUGGGAAAUCAUGAGGCUUCUCAGCUUCUUCCCACAAACCCCUACUCUGCGACUAAAGCUGGAGCAGAGAUGCUUGUUAUGGCAUAUGGACGUUCAUAUGGGCUGCCUGUGAUAACUACCAGGGGAAACAAUGUUUAUGGCCCCAAUCAGUUCCCUGAAAAGAUGAUUCCAAAGUUCAUGCUCUUGGCUAUGAAAGGGAAGACUCUUCCCAUUCACGGUGAUGGAUCAAAUGUCAGGAGUUAUCUCUAUUGUGAGGAUGUAGCCGAGGCAUUUGAGGUCAUUCUCCAUAAGGGUGAGGUAGGCCAUGUCUACAACAUUGGGACAAAGAAAGAGAGGAGGGUAGUUGAUGUCGCUAGGGAAAUUUGCCAACUGUUCUCGUUGAACCCAGAUACAUAUAUUAACUUUGUUGAGAAUAGACCUUUUAAUGAUCAGAGGUAUUUUCUGGAUGACCAAAAGCUUAAAAACUUGGGAUGGUCUGAAAGUACUUCAUGGGACGAAGGUUUGAGGAAGACAAUGGAAUGGUACGUCAAGAAUCCUCAUUGGUGGGGAGAUGUUUCUGGAGCACUGCUCCCUCAUCCAAGAAUGCUCAUGGUUCCUGGAAUUGAAAGAAACUUUGAUGGGCCUGAUACAAGCAAUUCCGAUUCCCCUGUGCCAGCAACUGAUUCUAGUCAAAGCCAAGUGGUUGUUCCAGCUCCUAGGGGCAUUCCAUCUACUCAGAAGCCAUCUCUGAAGUUCCUGAUUUAUGGGAGCACAGGGUGGAUUGGAGGCCUUCUUGGGAAGAUUUGUGAGAAACAAGGGAUAUCGUUUGAGUAUGGACGAGGGCGGCUCCAGGAACGUUCUCAGCUCUUGGCUGAUAUUCAGAGAGUUAAGCCAACCCAUGUUUUCAAUGCUGCUGGAGUGACUGGCAGACCCAAUGUGGAUUGGUGUGAAUCUCAUAAACCAGAAACAAUUCGGACCAAUGUUGUGGGUACAUUGACCUUGGCUGAUGUCUGCAGAGAGCACAACCUCCUAAUGAUGAAUUAUGCUACUGGUUGUAUCUUCGAGUACGAUGCAGCUCAUCCAUCAAGAUCAGGAAUUGGGUUCAAGGAGGAAGAUACACCAAAUUUCACUGGUUCAUUUUACUCCAAAACCAAAGCCAUGGUGGAAGAGCUUUUGAAAGAAUAUGACAAUGUCUGCACUCUUAGAGUUCGAAUGCCUAUAUCAUCUGAUCUCAGCAAUCCACGCAACUUCAUCACAAAGAUCUCCAAGUACAACAAAGUGGUUGAUAUUCCAAACAGCAUGACUAUCUUGGAUGAACUUCUACCGAUUUCAGUUGAGAUGGCCAAGAGGAACUUGAAGGGCAUUUGGAACUUCACAAACCCUGGUGUUGUUAGUCACAAUGAGAUCCUGGAGAUGUACAAGAAGUACAUAGACCCCAGUUUCAAGUGGGUUAAUUUUACAUUGGAAGAACAAGCCAAGGUUAUUGUGGCCCCAAGAAGUAACAAUGAGAUGGAUGCAUCCAAGUUGAAGAAAGAGUUCCCUGAACUAUUGCCAAUCAAGGAGUCGCUGAUUAAAUACGUCUUUGAGCCCAACAAGAAAACAUUUGCUGGUGGAGCAGCAAAUUAAGUGUUUGAUGAACCUCUACACCUCAUUACCAUUUCAUAAUUAUUUCAUAAUUUAUGCAUAUCUUUAUUCUUUUCCCUGGUUAUUAGGGCAUGAAUUACUGCAUGUUGUCAUUUUAGUCACCGUCCUCGUGUCAUUUUAGUCAGUUCCCUUGUGUCAUCCUAUUAGUGCAAUUCAUUUCUAUGAUAUGAUAACUAGGAUAAUUUCAUGGGUUGGGAAUAUUGGUUUUAGUCUGGCUAUUGUGAGAUAAGGAGCUUUGAAAUUGCUUCAUAUAUCUAGAAGGUCACAUCAAGUAUUGUAAUUUUUUAUAUGCAAUAAAAAAAAUCAUGUAAUUUUGGAUAUCUAUUAUACAAGUUGUUCUUUUUUCCCUA